AUGACGUGGAUUUCCAAGUCUAUUACGACCUUCGGUCUGGUUUUAUUAGCACAUGCCUGCUACUCGGCUCACGAGCACUCGGCCCUUCACUCGACCGGCGCACCAUCAGCUGCUGCGACGUCACCUACCGCCGGCCGGGCGUCGUCGGUGACCGCCGCGGCGACAACAUCCCUGCCCAUCGACAUCUCGAUCGAGACGGUGACAGCGCUGCUGAUUAUCUGCCUGGGGCUGGUGCUGGGAACCCCGCACCUGCGGCCGAUCCAGUGGCGCGAGUGGGCGGGCAAGAUCGAGCGCGAGGGCGACAAGGAGGGCGACAAGGACUAUGUGGGAAACCCAUACCGGUUCCUGGAGGCGAGGCCGGGCUUUGUGAACAUCAGGAAGCAGAGGAAAGACUUUGCGCAGUGGGUCAAGAGCGGGAACGACGGGUCAAAGGCGUGA